UGCAACGUACUUGACUGGCAGCCAUUUCGAUUCAGAGUAAACGAAACUGCGGUUCCUGUUUGGAAGCUUUAGCGUGCGAGACAACGACACAGACGCACACACACACAGUAACAUAGCUAUUUGUCUUUAAUUAUUAUAAAUAUUGUAAAUAAAAACAUUUAUAAUAUUUAUAAUAAUUAUAAGCUUUUUUAUUUCAUUUGUGCUGCGGUUAUCAUAGUAUGGUUAUGGACUAUAAAACCGCUGAGAUGAUUCUGACGUUCCUCGCAUUGACUUCACAGCUCAUAGCAGCAGAGACUCACUCUCUGCAGUACUUCUACACUGCAGUCAGAGGAGUACAUUGCCCAGAGUUCACUGUUGUUGGACUGGUGGAUGGAGAGCAGAUUGUGUACUAUGACAGUAACAUCAGGACACUGAGCACAAAGACGGAGUGGAUGAAGAAGGUUGAUGAUCCAGAUUACUUAAUCAGAGAGACAGAGCGCAUGCAGGACGAUGAGGACGACUUCAAAGUACUUCUGACUACAAUGAUGGAGAGAUUUAAUCAGACUGGAGGAGUUCACACACUGCAGCAGAUGUACGGCUGUGAGCUUGAUAAUAAUGGAACUAUUAGAGGAUAUGAUCGAUACGGUUAUGAUGGAGAAGAUUUCCUUGAUCUGAAUCUGGAAACUCUCACCUGGAAUGCAGCUAAUCAUCAUGCUGUAGUUCUUAAGGACAGACACAGAUGGGGUAAUGGUUAUAAACGUGACCAGAAGUUCUACCUGGAGAACGAGUGUAUGCACUGGUUAAAGAAGUUUGUAUCGUAUGGCAGAGAGACUCUGGAGAGGAAAGAUCGUCCUGAAGCCUCCGUGCACAAGCACUUCCCUCAACCAGAGCUGGUGUGUCAAGCUACUGGUUUCUUCCCCAGUGAUCUGAUGAUGUCCUGGCAGAAGGACGGAGAGGAAAUGCACGAGGACGUGGAGAUCACAACGACUGUACCCAACCAGGAUGGAACCUUCCAGAAGAGAGCCGCUCUGAGAGUCUCACCUGAGAAACUGAGGAAACAUGAAUACACCUGUGUGGUUCAGCACAGCAGCCUGGAGAAGGACUUAGUGCUUAAAGCUCCAGAUGUAGGUGGAGGAUCUCUUGUUAUCAUCGUUGGUGCAGGCGUGGCUGUUCUUGCUCUGGUUGCUCUGAUUGCUGGAGUUCUGAUCUGGAAGAAGAAGAAUUCUGGCUUCAGACCAGUUCCAGCAAAACCCAACAGCUCGUGGGAAUCUGUUUCUGAAAACACAGACUCUUCCUCCAAAAGCUCAUCCACCUCCUCCAAUGGCUCUGAUAUUUCUUUAAUGAAGGAAUUAGACCCAACAACUGGAACGAGGAGUCGGAGUUGAAAAACUCUCUCAAACAUCCACACACAUCUGCAGAUCUUUUCUUUUCUUCUGGAGCUUCUGGAGGGGGUUUAUACUGAGAGUCUCUUAUUCAUGUUAGAUGGGAUUAUUGGGGGGGGGUUGGGGUUUUUUAGUGCUGUGCUAAUUCUGCUAGUCUUGUAUAUGAUAGUGUUUCAUGCUGUUCUUCAAUGGUCAGGACCCCCACAGGACCCCCACAGAGCAGGUAUUAUUUAUGUGGUGGAUGAUUCUCAGCACUGCAGUAUCCAUAUGUUUUGUUCUCUGUGGAUCGUCACCUUGCCGUGGUGGAGAACCUUGUGUGUUCCAGUGAACCCAAGAGCGAUGCCGUCUGGAGCUUAAGCUCCUGGAAGGGUCUCCCAUGGCGGUAAGGUCAAAGGGUGAGGUUCCAGACAAAGUACGAUCCAAUAGCAAGUGGCUAAUGCUAGCGGUAAAGUGCGGUGAUAGUGGAAGUAAAAACACGACAAUAUUUUCGUUAAGUAAAAUAUAAAAAUAACUAAAAGACAAUGAAAUAUCAGAUUCAUGUAAUCACAAUACACAGUGAGUGCACAGCAAGGGAUUUUGGGAAUCUGUGUAACCUGCUUAACGUUACUAGACCAUAUAUUAUUUUUUGCACUGGGGCCCAUGAGCUCCUAGUUACACCUCUGCUAACACACCACCACCAUGUCAGUGUCACUGCAGUGCUGAGAAUGAUCCACCACCUAAAUACUGUAAUACCUGCUCUGUGGGGGUCCUGACCAUUGUAGAACAGCGUAAAAGCAGGUUAAAAUGUAUGUAAAGAAAUUUAUGUAUAAAUAUGUAUGUAUAUUGAUGAACUAUGUAUAAAUAUAUUAACGUGGUUUGUAUGUGUAAAAUUGUAUUUUAAAAGUUUUCACGGUUUGAUGGGAGUACGAAGAUGACUUCAAAUAAAUCAGUAAAGAAAA